GAAGAAGAGCGUCUCAGUUUCUCAAGAUCUUUGUUGCAGCUAGGGCAUUGGGUUACUGGGUUUUCUUCCAAUUGUGGGUACAAUUGAAUUUGGCCGAUUCAAAAAAUCAGAACUUGGUUUACUUAGCAAUGAACAAGUGUUGCAAAAAUGCUUACCUGGUUCUGAUUUGAAAACGUAUUGGCUUGGAUUAGUUGACCAAAGGUUUUAAAUUCGAUUUUGUGCAUAUUGUGUAAGAUAAGCAAAUGGCUUCUUCUGCUAAAGGACCUGGCAAGAAGGGUCGUCAGCCUUCGAUUAAACAUAGUUGCAAUUUAGCUGAGGUUAAGAGGAAGUUGUCAAAGAUCAGUGAUCAUCAUUCACAUGUAGAGUAUGCUUAUGUUUUCCAGAGGGAGAAUGGGAAACGGGGAGGGACUAAGUUGAGUCAAAUCCUGAGCAGGGAUGCGUUGAUAUCUGCGGUUGAUUUGAUUUGGGAUCGCUCGGAUUUUGUUUCUGGUGAUUUGAUUAGCUCACUGAAAGAAGGGAAUUUAGAUUAUGUAAAUAGGGAUGAUGGUAGUAAGUUUAAAGUUUUGGUGGAUAGUACACGGUUGCCUGCUGAUCAGAAGGAUAAGUCUCAACUACCAUCGAGUCUACAGCCGAGGGUUAGAUUAUUGGGAGUGGCUGAAAAGAUGUACAGUUUCGAUCCGUAUAACCAAAGAAGUUGGUUUAAUCAGAGUGAUGGAGUCAAUUCUAUAAGUGGUUUUUGCAAAGAGAAUGGUAUUCUGUUCGAGUCUAGAUGGAAGACAUUGUAUAGCUGGAUGGAAGGAGUCGUUCCCACUUCUACUAGAUAUCGUAAAGAAGGGGCUGAGAUUGAAAAGAGAGAACAUUUUGAAGAGCGUAUUCCUAAUCCGUUGAGCAGUAAAGCAGAACUCGCAUCAAGAAAUGCCAAUAGUUGUGAUUGUGUCUUUGAUACAACUGGUGCCAAGGGCCAAUCAACUGUAACUGAACCAAGGAGUCCUUUAUUAGCAAGCGUCGCAGGCUCAUUGGUAGACACCAGAAUUUCUAGAUCUAAUGAUGUGAAUGAUCUCUCUUUGCUUUGCAAAGAUAGGUGUGCCAAUAAUAAAGGAGUGAACAUAAUAAGUUCAAAAUGUAGCACGGAUUGCGUUACAGAGGUUUCUUCUUCAGGGAAUAACUCAGACGAAGACAGCUUCUCUAUUGUUGAAAAUAAACGGUUGCUUGAGAGAGAUAGAAAUGGCCAAGAGACUGAAGUUUGUUCGUCCUCGGUAGAAACGCCUACUUACGCCUUUGUUGCCAAACAGCGACAUGCUUUUGCUGGUGCGUUGGCAGGUAUAAGCGUCAGUCUUUGUCUUCAUCCACUUGAUACCGUUAAGACAAUGAUUCAGUCAUGCCGCUUGGGAGAGAAGUCUCUAUGCAAUACUGGGAGAUCAAUUAUAUCAGAAAGAGGUUUUUCUGGACUUUAUCGGGGGAUUGCUAGUAACAUUGCCUCAUCAGCUCCUAUCUCUGCCCUCUAUACGUUCACGUAUGAAACCGUUAAAGGAACUCUGCUUCCUCUUUUUCCUAAGGAGUAUUGCUCCCUUACCCACUGCUUAGCUGGUGGUUCUGCAAGCAUUGCAACUUCUUUUAUCUUCACGCCAAGUGAGCGCAUAAAACAGCAGAUGCAAGUCAGUUCACAUUAUCGUAAUUGCUGGACCGCAUUAGUUGGAAUCAUCCAAAAGGGUGGUCUGCUUUCUUUAUAUGCUGGAUGGACUGCAGUGCUAUGUAGAAAUAUCCCACACUCAAUCAUUAAGUUCUAUGUCUAUGAAAACAUGAAGCAGAUGGUAUUACCAUCUAUAGGUCCUUGUGGUGAACCGGCUCAACCCACGACAUUACAAACGCUCACCUGUGGAGGACUAGCCGGAUCUGCUGCUGCUUUCUUCACUACCCCAUUUGAUGUAGUAAAAACAAGGUUACAAACUCAGAUUCCUGGAUCUAGGAACCAACAUCCUAGUGUCUAUCAAACUCUUCAAUCAAUACGCAAGCAAGAAGGUUUGAGGGGGCUAUACAGAGGCUUGAUCCCCAGACUUGUGAUGUACAUGUCGCAAGGAGCUAUAUUCUUUGCUUCAUAUGAAUUUUACAAGAGUGUACUCUCUCUAGAAGCGACGCAACCCAAUUCGUCAGCUCUCUCUGGAACAAAACAAAAGAUGGAGAUAGCCCUAAACCGUUAAAGGACAAGGAUAGUUCACCCCCAAUGAAACCACCAAGACUGCAACAUAUGUAAUACAAAGAGAGGAAAAUUAUACAUUGUUUUCGUUUUUGUAACUAUUGAUUUGAUUAAAUUCAUUUGUGCAUA